GAGAAAUAGGAAAAGGGAAGAAGCCACGGCUCCUACAUCGCAGAAUCCGCACUCAAACCUCCUCUCCCCCCACUCACCCACUCAUCCACACCAUACAGCAUAUUUUUUAUCAUCUGUUUCUCAAGAAGAAAACAAACAAUACCCCGAAUAUACAUUUUUUUUCUCUUCCAUAUUCACACGCAUAGAGAGAGAGGCGGAGCUCAAACCUAUACAGGCAAAUAACGAAGCAAGUGAUUUUCUCUAUAAAUAGAGAAGCACCCUACUCCAAUGGAGAACCAGGACAACAGCAAUCAGCGGCCGGAGGAGGGCAACAACACCACCAACGGCAGCGAAGCCCCGGCCCCGGUGAAGGCGGAAGCCGCGGCUUCCGCCUCUGCUCAGCAGGUCUCGCUAAAAGUUGUGAACGCCGACGGGGCGGAGAUGUUCUUCAAAAUCAAGCGUGGCACGCAGCUCAAGAAGCUGAUUGACGCGUACUGUAAGAAGCAGGGCAUCUCGCGUGGCAGCGUGCGCUUUCUCUUCGACGGGGCGCCGAUCGAUGAGUCCAAGACCCCGGAGGACCUCGGUAUGGAGGACGACGACGUCAUCGACGCCAUGGUGGAGCAGACAGGUGGGUGCUGA